AUGACCGGGCAGUCGCUGGGCGCGGCACUUGCGCUUCCGCUGCUUGGGGUGCUGGGCUGCGCGACUUACGUCACCCGCCGGCGUCUGCGGGACGUCGUGCCGCGGGAUCCGCUGGACGUCUCGCCGUACUGCCGCGGCGCUGCGCUGCGGACGCGGCAGGGCGGGGGCCCGUGUCUGAUGUGCGCGUUUGAGGUGCCCGUCGUGAUGCCAACGGCGCACAUCCGCCGCCAACUCGCGAGCGCCACCGCGGACGAGUCGCUCUACGCGCUGCAUGCGCUGCUCUCCAGCUGGCUGAUGCGGGUGGAGGUGACUGCAACCGCCUUUGCGGCGCGCUGGCGAGUGUCGGACGCGUACAACUGUUGGCGCUCUGCAGGGCGGGCUGCCCUUGCCGAGCAGCGCCGUGCCACGCCGUCGCGGCAGUGCCGCCACGACACGAGUGGCGCGUUGGACGCGCCUUCGCAAUACGGGGAGUGGGAGGCGCACCGUGCGCCGCCGCGGCAGUGCGGGGGCGGCAGGGAGGCUGUCUUGAAGUGCGGGGCGGAAGCGAUUGCCGUGUCGCUUGAGCCGGACGUCGAGGGGAGUCGUCAGGCGGUGCUGCGUCUCUGCUACGUGGUGCAGCCGUUUGCGGGGUUCGCGCAGGACUCGCUGGCGGAGCGGCUGGCGCUGUGGGGUGCGGAAACGUACGGCAAGUUGCUGGCCGCGCACGCGGCCCACGCCCUCGAGAGGCUGGAGGCACAUUGGCGCCAGUGA